AUGAGUUCUCCUAACAAGAAAGAGAGUGACUCAGAUGACAAAGCUCUUACAAAUUCAGAAAAUGAGGCUUUCACUGACUGUACCAAAGAUACAGAGUCUUCAUUUCGUAGCCAUAAUAUAAUCUCUCAGGUGGAAUCUGAUCAUUUGACAAGGGAGCCAGGCACAGCAAACUCCCAAGAACAAGAUGCUCCUAAAGUUGCAGAAAAUGGUGAGGUUGAUACCCCUAAGGAUGUUCAAGAAGAAGAUUUAAGAGAAGAAGAAUCUGACCUAAUUCAGGUCUCCAUUCCAAGAAAAUGGGCCAAUAUUAUGUCUGAACUAGGGAAAACUAAUUUUGAGAACAUUCAGGUAGGAAACAAUAGUACAAAAAAACCGUCGAUUAAAAGAGGAAGAGAUUAUUUAGCAAAAGUGGAGAUGAAAGUAAGAAAUUUCUUUCACAACCUCACUAAUUAUGAAAGCCCCGAACAAUUUUCAAUUCCAUGGAAAAUUCCAUUCUUCAAGAACCAUGAGAUAAGAAAAAUGAUUCUGCAUCUGUUCUGUGGGAGAUAUUUUCAUCAGUGUGUUGGUUGUCAAAAUGCAACACGUUUGAAGCAAAAAUACGUGGCAGUUGUUCCUCAGUUUUAUUUCCCUAACAAUAUUGAAAGAGCCAUAAUAUUUGGUAGACCUUUUAGGGUGACAUACAGUCAUCCGUUUCUUGAAAGAAUGGUCAGGAGAAAAGGUUGUAGAUCAUCCUAUACUAAAGGGAAGAAAGAAAUAUCCAUUUUUGUGAGGCCCGUGUUGUAUGUUCCAUGGGUCCAAGUUCAACAAGUACUUACUGGAAAAGUUUUUGAGGAUCAGUUCCGAUCUCCCCACAACGUGAGAGUUCUCAUUAUUAGCACCAAUAAUUCUUGGAAAUUCCUAUGUCCCAUUUGUGGAAGAAGUUUCAAUAGUAUAAACGAAUUUAGGGAGCAUUCCUGCCGUUUCACUGAGAAUUAA